AAGAGGAACAGCAAGGGCCGUGAAUAGAGAGGGAAGGAAAAAAAUAGGCGUUUUAGUUCAGUCUACUCGUUCGUUUUAUUACCUCUUUUCUUUACUCCUUUUCUGGCCAUGUCCACCGCAAACAGCCAGCAUCCCGGUCUUGCUUUUGGCGUCAGCGGCCUGAGACGCGGCUUCCCACCACCACAACACUCGAACCCGCCCAACAAGCCCACCUCAUCACUUCCGCAGCACGCAUCCCCGUACCAGCCUCAAGCCUACACAUCUCAUCAGCCUUCGCAAGGAAGCUUCCCCGGCCAUCUCUUCUCGACUCCUCCUCCGCCACAGAUCCCCAAUGUCGCGAGCGUCCAGAAUGGCCCAAGGCCACCUCAACCUCAAGCCCCGCCGGCCCUACCGCCCGGCCCUCGACAGCGAGCUGCUGCUCCCCGCCAGAUGCAGCCCCAACCUAACCAACCCCUUAGCUACCUCCACCAGGCCCUGAACCAGCAGUCUAUGAGCCAGCCGCCCAUGAAUCCCCAGCAGUUGAGCCAGCAGCCUCUCAGCCAACAGCCCAUGGGCCAGCAGUCCCUUGGGCAGCAGCCGAUAAGCCAGCAGCAGAUGAGCCAACCGUCCAUGAGCCAACAGCAGAUGAGCCAGCAGCCCAUGAGCCAGCCCGUCCAGCAGAACGACAGCCCCCAUGCCCAGUCGCAACCGGCCCUGCCGCCCGCACCCUCGCAGGUUCCCCAGGUACAGCAAGUCCAGCAGGCUCAGCAAUCCAAGCAGCAGCGCACUCCACCUCGGCCAGAAGCCGCUGAACCUGCACAGGAGAACCACCAUGACGAUGAUGAUAUGGAUGUUGGAAGCCAGGAUGAGUCGGGGGACGGGGAAGGUAGCUCCCUGGAGGCAAAGUUGAUUGAAGCUGGCGCUUUGAUUCCCAGGCAGCCGAUGGGACCCAUGAUGUCUGCUCCUCCUGAGGGUGGCAGUUUUCCGACUCUAGAGGCUGUCCAUAAGCACGUCUUGAGCUACUGCAUAUCUGUCGGCUACGCCAUCGUGAUCGGUCGAUCCAAGAAAACGGUCCCGGGGUUGAAGAAGGUGCUUUUCGUUUGUGAUCGGGCAGGCAAACCCCCGCGGCGUAUCAAUCCGGAGGUGCGCAAGAGAAAGACGACGUCGAGGAAGUGUGACUGUCAGUUUGGCUUCUUCGCCAUUGAACAGAGGACCCAGUGGACUGUCCGAUACCGCCCGGACCCUGCCCAUCUGCAGCACAAUCACGGCCCAAGCGACAGCCCUCUGCACCACCCGGCCGCGAGGAAGCUGGAUAGCAAGAUGGUUGCGGCAGUCAAGGCCCUGAAAGAAUCAGGUGUCGGGGUCAGCCAGACGCUCGAAAUCUUGCACGCAGACAAUCCCGAUGUGCGUCUGCUCCCGCGAGACAUUUACAAUGCUCGGGCGGCUAUUAAUCGGAAUCCCGUAAAGGUCGCCACGGACCUGGCCGAGAAUCGGCCGGCCAUCUAUAGCAAGCCUCACCCCUCGGCUGAGGAGCGCAUCCGGGCUGAUCUCCGCCGCGAGAUUGCCAAGGCCCGGGAAGAGCUGGACAAGGUGAGGGAUGAGAGCAAGAAGGAGAUUGAGGAUCUCAAGGAACAGCUCCGCGAGAAGGACAAACAGAUUGGAAGGUUCGAGAUGUUUAUUGACAUUUGCAACCAACGGGUCAUGAUGCAGCGAGAGCGGCUCUCUGAUGGCAACGAAGCAAACGGCGGGGCUGGCAGCUCCAAUCCAUGAGGGAGGAAAUGGGAGUCAUCAUUGACUUGCUUCCCGCUUAUGGCCCCGUCAUUGCUCGGCAUAUCUGCAUGAUUGGGAUGGGAUGGUGUAGGAUCAAAGGCAAAAGGUUACACAAAGGUCUGAUCUUUGAUGAUUGAAGCAUCGGCGUCGGUUCUGUGUCUAGGUCAGGUUGGCUUGGGAGUG